UUAUUAUCGCCGCCUGCUCUCUCCACAAUCAUUUCACAGCAAGAGAGGACCGCGACACACCGUCCUGGGGGAGGAGGAUGAGACACGUUUGACUCGGAAAAAAAAAAAAAACUCAUGGAAAUAGUGGAAUUACUCUGAAUUUUUUACUUCGAGAUCGUGAACAACGUUUUGUUAUGAUGAGAGCGUGAGCUGGUUCACAGCUGAUUUACUUAAAUACUUUCAUACUGAGAAAGAGCUCAACUGGUCUUUAGAGAGAAUAGCAACGUACACAAAGCAGCAUGUCGUCCACUGAAGAGCCGUCUGGCACGGUCCUGCACCGGCUCAUCCAGGAGCAGCUCCGCUAUGGAAACCCCACAGACACUCGUACCUUAUUAGCCAUCCAGCAGCAGGCCCUGCGCGGAGGCAGUGGAAGCAACAGUGGACCCAGCAGUGGAGGCGACAUGGGCAGGAGCCCACGAUCCUCUUUGGAGAGUCUUACCCAGGAGGACCCUCAGUUCCCUCAGCUCUCUGCGAGGCAGGAGCCUCAGGGCCAGGAGCACCAAGGAGACUACCACCACUCAGAGAGUGGCUACCAGCUCUACCAGCUGCACGGGGAAGAGCUGCCAACCUAUGAGCAGGCCAAGGCUCAGUCUCAGUAUCUGGCCUCUCACUGGGCCUCUACAGGCCCCAUCAGGCAGCUCCAUGAGGAGAAGCUCCUGCACGAGGGGGCCUUCCACGAGGAGGCAGACUUGAUGGAGCUGAAGUGCAGUCAUGUGCGGUCACUCAGUGAGCAUCGCAUGCAGAUAUCUCUGGAGAGGAAUGAUGCGGCUGCCAAAGCAGAGGCCAUCAAGAGCACCUCUCACAGCUACCCAGAGCUACCUUACUACACCCCACAAGCCCUCCAGAACACAGGGCCGAGCCUGGGAAAACGCAGCCCUCCUCCAGAGUACUCAGCCCCCAUUCAGGGCCAAGGAUUUAUCCCUCACCAGGUCCAGGAGCCAGUGCAGGCGCAGCAGCACAGGUAUGUCCAGUCUGCCCAGCCAGCCGACAUCCCCUGCUACAACACUUUCACCAGCCUGCCACCUGCUGGCUUGGAGGAGCCCAACCAGGUGGAGCUCCUGCUGAUGGAGAAUGAAAGGCUGAGGCAAGAGCUGGAGGCACAGAGGGAGAAGACUGGCCGUAUUCACAAGUUGGAGCAGGAGAUCCAGCGUAUUUCGGAGGCCUAUGAGACGCUGAUGCAGGGCAGCAGUAAGAGAGAAAACCUGGAGCAGACUCUGAGGAGGAGGCUGGUGGCUGAGAUCAGGAGGCUGCAGGACUUCAACAGAGACCUUAGAGAAAACUUGGAAAAUGCCAGAACGCACGUUGCGAAAGAAGUAGAAGCAGCCGAUCACAACCAGCACAUCAUGGCGAAACUCCUUGAGCAGAAUGAGGAGCAGAACUUUGAGCGGGAGCGUGUAGAGCGAGAACUGGAGCGGUUGCGAGCCACAGCGGAGGAGCAGAGCCUCAGGGCGAAGCGACUUGAGGAGGCCCUGGAGGCAGCUCGAGGACGCGGUCGCCAGCUGGAGGAGGAGUUGAGGAGGAAGAGGGCUUAUGUGGACAAGGUGGAGAGGCUUCAGAGUGCGCUGGCUCAGCUACAGUCCACCUGUGAGAAGAGGGAGAGCCUGGAGAUGAAACUGAGGACGCGACUAGAGCAGGAGCUGAGGAGUCUGAGGGCGCAGCAGAGGCAGUCCCAGCCGCCAGGAGUGACCAUGAGCUCCCUCCAAGAGCGUCUGCAUGAGCGGGAGGAGCGAAUCCUGGCCCUUGAGGCCGACAUGGUGCGCUGGGAGCAGAAGUACCUGGAGGAGAGCACCAUGAGGCAGUUCGCCAUGGAGGUGGCUGCCACCGCCGCUGCCCAGAGAGACACCACCAUCAUUAACCACUCGCCCUGCCACUCUUCUAACAACAGCUUCAACGAGGAGCUGCCAGUUGCUGACUACAGGAAUCAAGAGAUGGAAAACAGGAUCCGUGCUCUUUACGCUCAGAUCUUAGAAAAAGAUGCUGUGAUCAAGAUCCUCAACCAGCGGCUGCACCAGGACCAGGGGCGGAGGGACGAGCAAAGUCCCCGGACAAACCUCCUGAACGCAGCGGGGGCACCUCUCCGGCCCGCCUCCUCCACUCCCUCCAUCAGCACCAUCAAGAGCAACACAAAGAGCAGAGGUAAGAGUCUUUCAGAUGAUCAGACUUUGCCCAACCGUCAGUUCUCCGCUCAGUCCGAACCUGGGACGCUAGAGCGGCAGGUGGAGGGAACCAAAGCCAAAGAGGCUGCCAGCACAACUAAGCUCCACAGUGACAAGGCAGCUCCUAAGAAGCUGCUAUUAAACCCUUUCAGAGGCCUGGAAGAGUUGGAGUCGGAGGCCGUGGAAAUCUUCAUUUAAAGAACUGAGAAGUGGAUUUUAAAUGAGGAAAAAAAAAAAAAACAAUUCUGAGAAUCUGUGAAGAGUGCAAGUAUUUGAAUAGCGAAUGGAAGAAAAUAUUGGAUGCAAGAAUGUUGUGGAAAGAGGCCAAAGCACAGGAAAAAAAGGACUUUUCACAUUUUAGAGACAGAGCUGUGCUCCGACUCACUUACUCUCACUAAGCUGGGCAGCUGCAGGCAGUCGGCCCGGCUGGGUGAGAAAAGAUGAAUCCUCUGAGGUACUUGGACAGUAUUGUGGAUUGUAAUAGGGCAACAUGUUCUCAGAGAGUGUAUGCCAAAAUAUUUAUAUAAAUAUAUAUAUAAUUGC